AUGAGAGGCUCGGACUUACAAAGCGAACUCGAGUCGCUGCUUUUACAAAAACAUCAAAACCGAGCUCGGAUUCCCGAGCGCGACUCGGAAAUCGACAACAGGUGCGGAAGCGCGCCCCCGACUGUCGAGGGCGCGUUAGCCUCAGCCAGCAGCCUUUUCAACCAUCCCGAUUUUGCGAAAAUCUACGAAACCGGAAACAACAUCAGCGCUACCUUAAGCGUUUUGUCUGAAGACGAAAUCCGGUCCCACCCGGCUUACUUAGAAUAUUAUUACUCGCAUGAGAAUCUCAAUCCUCGGCUACCCCCACCAACCCUAUCGAAAGAAGAUUGGAGGGUCGCGCAGAGGAUUAGGGCCGCAUUUGGUUUGAGCGUAAAUUCGAGUGAUGUUAGUAGUAGUUUCGGCUCGUCUCUUUUUACAAUGCAGCCGGGUUUGGGUUCGUCUGUCAAAAAGAGCGACGAUGAGUUGAUGGAGCUGAGAAAAACGGCUCUGAGGAACCUAUCGCGGAAAAAUUCAGUCGACUCGUUCGAGAAGAAUCCGAGUAGUAGUUCGGGUAUGGGAGCUCGAAGGAAAAGCUUUGCAGAUAUAGUUCAGGAAGGGCGUGGCCAACCUGCGAAAUCGAACCUUUCACGUGCUUCUAGCCAAAGCUCGGUUGCUGACGUGGCGGAUUCUAUGGGGAAGACAAAAUCGGAACCUCCUCCCGAGUCGAGUAGUUUCUCCUCCUCGCCGAGCAUUUUUGAAAUUGCUGAUAUUGCUGCCUCGCUUUCCGCUUUAAGCGCUUCUCGAGGAUAUUUUCAACCUGAAAAUCUACCUUUGUCUGCUGCUCUGCAAAUGAAUAUAUUGGCGGGUAAUAAACUGAGUCAGCAGCCGGAAAAUCUCGUGAAUGACGCUAGUUUAAGAAGGGCGAACGAGUAUCCGAGGAGGACUUUAUCGACUAGUAAUCUUCUUCAGUUCCAACAUAAUAAUAAUCCUUCUGAUAUUAUUGCAGGCUCGAAUCCCGGUGGUUCUAACAUGCCUGGAUUGAUUUCGAGAAGCUCUGCCCCACCGGGAUUUCACCAAAUCCAAUACUUGCCGAAAGUGCCACAUCAUCAUCCGGCAAAUUUUCCGCAUAGUCACGAUGAUUUACGAGCUUUAGAGAAAGCUUAUCUCGAGGCAUUGCUUCUUCAAAGGAGACAGCAAUACGAGUCGCUCCUCCUACAGGUGAAAGCUGCUGCACUUAGCCCAUCUGCAAUUGCUUCGAGAGGCACGCUGACAUGUCAAAAGGAGAAAAUUACUAAAUCGCCCUCGAGUUCGAAAAAUAAAAAGGGAGAAUCGAGUGGAAGUAGCAGUCCAAAAGGAAGAUUCGAGUAUCUCUUGGAAAUGCUCAAGAACAAUAAGAGCAAAUCUUUGGAACUCUCGGAUAUUCUUGGUCAUGUUGUCGAGUUCAGUACUGAUCAAUACGGAAGUCGAUUCAUUCAGCAGAAGUUGGAGACUGCAACGGUUGAAGAAAAAACAAAGAUACUCACGGAGAUUAUUCCUAGCGCUCGUACCUUAAUGAUCGAUGUCUUUGGAAAUUACGUCAUACAAAAGUUCUUUGAGCACGGUACUGAAAGCCAACGCAAAGAGUUAGCACGGCAUUUGAUUGGUCAUGUUUUGCCUCUCACUCUACAAAUGUAUGGCUGCAGAGUUAUACAAAAGGCUUUGGAAGUAGUUGAUACCGAGCUUCAGACAGAGAUGGUAAAAGAGCUCGAUGGCUUUAUCAUGAAAUGUGUUCAUGAUCAAAACGGUAAUCACGUCAUUCAGAAAUGCAUCGAGCGUGUUCCUCAAGAUCGCAUCAAGUUUAUUAUAACACCGUUUUUGGGACAAGUCGUGACUUUAUCCACGCAUCCUUACGGAUGUCGUGUAAUUCAGAGGGUUCUUCAGCAUUGUGAUGAUCCAAAAACCCAAGAAACUAUUAUGGGUGAAAUAAUGAGCUCUGUCUGUAAGCUAGCUCAAGAUCAAUAUGGAAAUUAUGUUAUUCAGCAUGUUGUGCAACACGGGAAGCCACAGGAGCGUUCUGCAAUAAUCGGGAAGCUCGCUGGUCAGAUUGUGAUGAUGAGUCAGCAGAAAUUCGCGUCUAAUGUUAUCGAGAAGUGCCUGAUAUAUGGUGGUCCGGAAGAGCGCCAACUUCUUGUGAAUGAAAUGCUCGGCUCAACUGAUGAAAACGAACCAUUGCAGGCUAUGAUGAAAGAUCCUUUCGGAAACUAUGUCGUGCAGAAGGUACUUGAGACGUGUGAUGACAAGAGUCGAGAGUUAAUUCUCUCCCGAAUCAAAGUUCACUUGACCGCACUCAAGAAGUACACUUACGGCAAACACAUUGUAUCCCGUGUGGAAAAACUCAUUGCAACCGGAGAAAGGCACAUCGGGCAAUCUUCCUCCAACUCCUCUUGA